CGUCCUUACUCACAGUCCUACAAGCAGGGGUGGUGCUGCCCAUUUCUUUUGUGUAAUAGUAAAGGCACAGAGCAGGUGAGUAUGCAGAUGAGGAAGCAGGUGGGCAUGCAGGUGAGGAAGCAGGUGGGCAUGAAGGUGAGGAAGCAGGUGAGGAAGCAGGUGGGCAUGCAGGUGAGGAAGCAGGUAGGCAUGCAGGUGAGGAAGCAGGUGGGCAUGCAGGUGAGUAUGCAGGUGAGGAAGCAGGUGGGCAUGCAGGUGAGGAAGCAGGUGGGCAUGCAGGUAAGGAAGCAGGUGAGUAUGCAGGUGAGGAAGCAGGUGGGUAUGCAGGUGAGGAAGCAGGUGGGCAUGCAGGUGAAGAAGCAGGUGAGUAUGCAGGUGAGGAAGCAGGUGGGUAUGCAGGUGAGGAAGCAGGUGAGCAUGCAGGUGAGGAAGCAGGUGGGCAUGCAGGUGAGGAAGCAGGUGAGCAUGCAGGUGAGGAAGCAGGUGAGCAUGCAGGUGAGGAAGCAGGUGGGCAUGCAGGUGAGGAAGCAGGUGAGUAUGCAGGUGAGGAAGCAGGUGGGUAUGCAGGUGAGGAAGCAGGUGGGCAUGCAGGUGAGGAAGCAGGUGAGUAUGCAGGUGAGGAAGCAGGUGGGCAUGCAGGUGAGGAAGCAGGUGGGCAUGCAGGUGAGGAAGCAGGUGGGCAUGCAGGUGAGGAAGCAGGUGGGCAUGCAGGUGAGGAAGCAGGUGGGCAUGCAGGUGAGGAAGCAGGUGGGCAUGCAGGUGAGGAAGCAGGUGAGUAUGCAGGUGAGGAAGCAGGUUGGGCAUGCAGGUGAAGAAGCAGGUGGGCAUGUAGGUGAGGAAGCAGGUUGGGCAUGCAGGUGAGGAAGCAGGUGAGCAUGCACAUGAGCUCACUGUUCAGUCUUGCAUUCCUGAGAGGUUGGGUGGGGUUUAAAGCAAGUGGUGGCUUCCCUUG